AUGUCAGACGAAGACAAUUCAUGUCCACUCUGCUUGGAUGAAUUAUCUAAAGCAGAUAGAAAAUUUAGGCCAUGUCCAUGUGGUUAUCAAAUAUGUGUUUUUUGUUUUGAACGUAUUAGAGAAAGUGAACAAAAUAGAUGUCCCGCGUGUAGAAAAACAUAUGAUUCUGUUAAUUUUUCAGUUAUAUCAUCAGAUGAAGAAGAAGAAGAGGAUGAAGACGAUGAGGAAGAUGACAGUGAAGACGAUGGACAAGAUAGAAGAAGAAAUAGAAAAUAUAAUGGUGUAAAUUCAUUAAAUAAUAGUUUGGAUUAUACUAAAAGAGGUGAUAAACCUUUAAAUACAGUUAGAGUAAUUCAAAGAAAUUUAGUUUAUGUUACAAAUUUAGCAAUAUCCAUCGCUAAACCAGAGAUUUUAAAAAAGAAUGAAUACUUUGCACAAUAUGGAAAGAUUUUAAAGAUUGUGAUUAACAGAAAUAAUAUUUAUAAUUUGAAUUCACCUCAUGGAGCAUGUGUAAGUGCUUAUAUUACAUAUGCAAGAAAAGAGGAUGCAUUGGUUGCAAUCCAAACUAUUGAUGGUGCAACCAUUGAAGGUAGAGUUUUACGUGCCUCUUUUGGUACAACUAAAUAUUGCUCUUACUUUCUUAGAAAACUUCCAUGUAAUAACCCAGAUUGUAUGUAUCUUCAUGAAUUGGGUCAAGAAGAUGAUAGUUAUACAAAAGAAGAUAUUACUUCAACUGCUGUUUAUAAACCAAAACCAACCCAACAACCAACUCCAUGGAAAGAAUCAAGUGAAAAAGUUUUAGCAUCACCAUCAUUAUCUUCAUCAACAUCUUCAACAAAUAAUAUGUCAAAUUCAUCAUCAUUUAAAACAUGGAAUAUUUCAAAUGUUAGUCCACAACCAGUUACAGUAUUGAAUCCAUUAGAAUGGCCAUCAGCUACCGAUGCUUCAAGUAUGGCACCAGCAAUAUUACCAUCAGGAUCAUCACCACCAUUAUCAAAAUCACAAGAAAGACCAUUUUUACCAGCUACAGCAUCAUGGGGUCAAAAUAUAAUAAAUCAAAAACCAAAGAGUUAUCAUGAAGAUUUUCCAGAUGUUGGAUUUGAAAUUAAAACUAAAAAGAGUAAUUCUCUUAAAAAAUCAGGAACUAAUAAUACUACUUUGACAUCAAGUAAUGAUAGUAGUUCACUAUUAUCUUCAUCAUCUUCAAACAAUAAUAAUACUACCACCAACACCACCACAAUUACUACUAAAAUUCAAGAAACAGCAUCAAUUCUAAGACAAAAACAAUUGGAAGAAGAGCAAUUUAAGAAAGAUAAAGAACGUUUAGAAAAAGAGAAACAGGAAAGCUAUCGUUUAGAAAAAGAAAGAUUAGAGAAUGAACGUUUAGAGAAAGAGAAACAUCAAUUACAAAUGGAGAAAGAGCGUUUAGAGAGAGAAAAAGAACGUUUAGAAAAGGAGAAGAUGGAGAAAGAGAAACGUUUGGAGAGAGAAAGACAAGAAAGAGAUCGUUUGGAGAAAGAAAGACAAGAAAGAGAUCGUUUAGAGAAAGAAAGAAUAGAAAGAGAGAAACAAGAGAAAAUUAAACAAGAAAAACAAGCCAAACAACAAGCGAAAAAACAACAACAAAAACAAAAAUCUUCAAGUAAACAAACAACUCCAACAAAUACAACUCCAAAUAUAACUUCAACAACUCCACCAACUAAUAAUAAUAAUACUAUAGCUACUACUACUAACACCACCAACACUACCACCAAUACUACUGCUACUACACCAUUAACAACAUCAUCAUCAUCAAAUAAUGCUACUACCCUCUCAACACCAUUAACUACAUCAACAACUUUAGAUUUACUCAAUGAAAGAUUCAAUACUAUAAAUAUAAAUGAAAUUGAACCAAUAGCAAAUUGGGAAGGUUUAAUUCCAGAUGAUCAACAAACAGAUUUUAAUGAUUGGUAUAACCCAACCAAUUUUUCAUCCUCAACUGCAGCUGCUUCAUCAACUACAACUGCUUCAAAUACUAAUCCAACUGCAACUACUACUACAACCACCACCACCACAUCAUCUUCAUCUCCACCACAACCACAACUACAACCAUCUUCACCAUUAUCUGAAGAUAAAAAUAAAUCACCACCAACUCAACCACUCGAAGAACUUGUUAUCGCAGAGACUAUAUCAACUAUUAAUACAGUAACAGCACCAACACCAACACCAACACCAACUCAAACUACAAAUUCUGCAUCAUCACCACCACCAUCUUCAUCAUCAACAUCAUCACCAACCAGUACAGCUAAUUUAUCAACAAACCCACCAGAGAAAAGAAGUAGAAGUAGAUUUGAAUUUGCUAAAGAUUCAUCAAGAAACAGUGUUGAUACUACAGGCUCAUUAUCAUCUUCAACCAAUAAUACAGCAUCACUUAUUACACCAGAUAUGUUUUUCAGUAUUCAAUCUGAACAAUACCAAUUACCAACCCUCUCAUCGCUUCACCAUCCAAAUGGUGUUGAACCAACUUUAAAUUCUCAAUCAAUAAUAGAAAAUUCUUUAAAUCUAAAUUUGGUUGGAAAUCGUAGUUUAAAUAAUAGUCAAAAUAAUAUUAAUAAUCAAACCAAUAGUUUAAAUAAUAGUGGCAGUAAUAAUUUAAUAUUUAAUAACGAUUAUAAUAACAAUAAUAAUAAUAAUAAUAACAAUAAUAGCUUUAGUAAUAAUAUAGAGAAUGAAGAUUCAUCUCAACAAUUUUUCAGAUCACUUUUCCCUUCAGUUAAUAUUAGAUUUUCAUUCCCAAAUCAACAAGUUUCUCAACCUUCUUUAAAUGGCAACAACAGUAAUAAUAAUAUAAAUAUUAAUAAUAAUAAUACCAAUAAUAAUAAUAGUAAUAAUAAUAAUAAUAAUAAUAAUAAUAAUAAUAAUAAUAAUAAUAAUAAUAAUAAUAAUAAUAAUAAUAAUAAUAAUAGUAGUAUAAAUAUGAAUGAUUUCCCACCACUUGAAAGUAGUGGAUCAAGUAUUAAAACAUUCCAAGAUCCAGCAAUUGUUAAUUCAUAUAAAUCAAAUGGUGACGGAAAUUCAGUAUGGAAAGUUAUACCAAAUAAUAAUCCUUUAAAUAAUAGUAAUAGUAAUAUAUAUGGUAAUAAUAAUAAUAAUAAUAAUAGUAAUGGUAAUUUGAAUUUAAGAAAAUCUGUUACAUCAUCAGUAUCACCUCCACCAGGAUUUGGUGGUUUCGAUUCACAAAAACCUAUGGUGAAUCCACCACCAGGUUUUGCUCCGACACCACCACCACCAGGUUUUCAAAACAUUAUACCACCACCAGGUUUUCAAAGUAAUAACAACACCACCACAACCAACAACAACAACAGCACAAACAAUAAUAACAACAACAACAAUGGUAAUAGUCUCAAUAAUAGUUCUAGUACUAUUAAUGGCAAUCAAUUAUUAUCAAUGGUUAAUAAUGGUUUAAUGAGUGGUCCAACUCCUUUUGUUGACCCAUCAAAUCUUUUUGAUUCUCAAUAUGAUAAUGAUAUGUUGGCAAUGGAAAAUAUUAAAAAUAAAGAUAAAAAGAAAAAUAAAGAAGAACAAGAACAAGAACAACUUCAACUUCAACAUCAACUUCAUCAACAACAAAUGCUACAACAACUUCAUCAACAACAACAACAACAACUUAACAACAACAACAACAACAACAACAACAACAACAACAACAACAAUAAUAAUAAUAAUAAUAAUAAUAAUAAUAAUAAUGAUUAUCAAAUUCAAAUGCAACUUUUACAACAACAACAACAACUUCAACAACUUCAAAUGCGUCUACAACAACAACAACAGCAACAACAACAACAUUUUCAAUCACAACCACAACAGCAACAACAACAACAACAACAAAUCCUUCAUUUACAACAACUUUUACAACAACAACAACAACAACAACAACAACAACAACAACAACAACAACAACAGCAACAACAGCAACAGCAACAACCAUCAAAAGAUAACCUUUUUUUACCACAAUUCAAUGGAAUGUCAAAUUCACCACAACAACAACAAAACAAUAUUUUUAAUAUGAAUUCAUUUUAUCAGCAACAACAACAACAACAAGCACAAAAACAAAACAAUUCACCAUUCCCAUAUGGAUUUCAACAACCACCAAUCAUUCCUAAUGGAAAUUUAAGACCACCAGGAAUGACUCAAUUGGGUUAUCAACAAAUACCACCAGGUAUGCAUAAUAAUAAUAAUAAUAAUCCAAAUAAUAAUAGUAAUAGCAGCAAUAAUAAUAAUAACUCUAAUUUCAUUGAUUUUUUAAGACAAAGUGGAAUCACAAUGAAUGAUGAUGUUAAUAGCAGCGGUAUGAUGACACCUUCCUCCCUUUUAAAUGAUUCCUCAUUAGAACAUCGUGUAGCAUCCACAAAUAAAGAACUUAAGGAUUUAGAAGACAAAUUACAAAAAUCAUCACCUUUAAAUACUCAAUCAUAUUAUAGAUAA